UGAAAAGCAAUGAAAUUUCUGUUACAAGCAAUGACAUUUCUGUUAAAGCAAUCAAAAGAUCUCGCGGGUUCGAUCAGUUACUCCAUUUGGCUACCGACGGCCUCAUAAACACCAGCAGCACCGCGACGAAUGAACAAUGGGCGGCGACUCUGCAUCAGAUAAUAGGAAAGUAAAUCAAAGGCAGAAAUGGGGCCUGUCGACGUCAGAUGUUUUGUACCACUUCGGUACCAGUGGGAUCUCCGUUGCCGCUGCAACUGGCGUUACUCACCCUCUAGAUGUUCUCAAAGUGAGAUUGCAAAUGCAGCUUGUUGGGCAGAGAGGUCCCUUGACUGGAAUGGGAAAGCUUUCUGCUCAUGUGGUAAGGGAUGAAGGGUUCAGAUCCUUAUAUCGGGGACUAUCACCUGCACUGAUGAGGUCAGUUCUUUACGGCGGCCUCCGUUUAGGCUUAUAUGAACCAUCAAAAUAUGUCUGUGAAAUGGCUUUCGAGUCAAAUAACAUCGUGAUGAAGAUUGCAUCUGGAGCAUUUUCUGGUGCUAUUGCCACAGCACUGACUAAUCCAGUUGAAGUACUAAAGGUUCGUUUACAGAUGAAUAUGAAAUCAAAUAGAGGACCUAUUAAUGAGCUGCAGAAAAUUGCUUCAGAAGAGGGGAUAACUGCUCUUUGGAAAGGGAUUGGACCUGCAAUGGCCAGAGCUGCUGCUUUAACUGCGUCUCAAUUGGCAACUUAUGAUGAAACCAAACGGGUAUUACUGAAGUGCACUUCUCUUGAGGAAGGAUUUUAUUUGCAUCUCAUCUCAAGUACAUUAGCAGGCACUGUGAGCACCCUCAUAACGGCGCCCAUUGAUAUGGUUAAAACUCGUCUUAUGUUGCAACGCGAAUCUAAGAGUGCUGGGAGUUACAGAAGUGGACUACAUUGUGCAUAUCAGGUACUCCUCAGUGAAGGUCCUCAGGGUCUUUACAAGGGAGGCCUUGCGAUAUUUGCAAGGUUGGGUCCUCAGACUAUGAUCACCUUUAUAGUUUGCGAAAAGCUGCGCGGACUAGCAGGAUUAAACGCAAUGUAAGGCCUUCAUGGUUGUAUUUUUAUCCUUAUCUGGUGCUUCUUGCUGCUGGCUGUUGAAUAUGCUGUUGGACUUUGCUCCCAGAUUCACCGAUUGAAGUUCAACGCCUCCACCUUCUUCCUUGUUUGCUGCCCAUUUUCGAUUUUGCGGCCGUCGCGACAAACCACCGCCGUUGUCAGACGCCGCCGCCAUUGCCAGACCUCGUCGCCGCCGUGCCUGUGCCGCCAAACAUCGUCGCCACCUCGUCGCCAUCAAACAGCUUCGCCGCCAAGGCCUCCACCAUCACCGCCGGAUCUUGUGUCUGUAACUUCGUCCGCCGACCUAGCUUCGGAGGCGGAGACCUGAAGACGGAGCUGCGUGGAUCUGGAUUUGCGAAGGACAAAUGAGAUAGAGUCGGGAGUAGAUGGGAGCAAUUUUCUUCAUUGUUUAUUUAAUGUCUACUUAUUGUAUAUUUAUUGUCUAUUUAAUGUCUGUUAUUUUCUAAAAGUAAGGGUAUUGUGGUCAAUGCAGGUGUACUUGAGUCUUACCCUAAUUUUCGGUCUUAGUUUUGGAAAAUCUUCACGUUUUGCUCCUAUUUGUUGAAAUCUACCUUCUCUUAUUGGAGGAGGAAUAUGCGGGACAGUCUGGC